AUGUCCAAUGCUCAGGUGCAGUCGGACUCGCGCCGAACGUUCGGGUCGGGCGGGAGUGAACCGUUUUCCCGGAGCGCGGGGGCCGGGCACAUUGGCCAGAGCGGACCCCUCCUCGCCAGGCGGGGGGGCUUCGUGCCGCCGGGGGGGGGGCUGGCAGCCGGCCACCAAGACCUGCAGUCGCUCCGCUUGGCAGUACACCCCGUGAAGCGCUGCGAGACGACCGCGACGGCGGCGACGGUGACGACAGCGACGACAACGAUCGGGCGCCGCGUCAAUCGCCGAUGGUCAUUGGACAAGGAAACCCCGCCCGGGGAUGGAAGACUCGGGCGUCGUCAGCGGCAACGUGGUUUGCGAGCGGCUUCACUCCCGCCACGAUGGCCGCUGGGUGUUGAGGCUCGGAGAGGACGCGGGACCCGGCCAGACCGGGGCGGGGCAGCAGCGGCGCAGCUCUGUGUCGCCUGCGUGAUCGAGAUACUGGAGCAGACGGCUGUCUCGGUUGUUCGUAAGAAGCACGCACUGUCUUGUUUCUGUGAUGUGCUGACGCGGUUUCCCAGUGCAGUGUUGGAGCUGCUGGCGAUAGAUACCCGCGUGUGUACCCACUUUAUAGUCACUCUGCUGGGUACGCUACAAAGUGUUGAAGAUCACAUCACGUUAGACCUGGUGAUUGAAGUCCUCGUCAGCCUUGUGGUGGAGUUGAAGUCGGAACAGUUUGUGUGCUGUGUGUUCGAGGAAUGCCAGAACCAGUUGUCACAGAAAAACAGCAUGAGACGGAGUUUGCCAGUCUUCACGUUAUUGGGCAAGCUGCUGUUUUCUAUCCCGGUCUUAGCGACAAAGAUGAUCCAGGAAUAUGGGGCUAUUUUGGAACAUAUGCAAGCAGGACUGGUUUACCCCGAUGAGGCGGUGAAAGCAUCCGUGUGUUAUAUUUUCUGUUUGUUGUACAACUGCCCUCUUGUUGCAGAGAAACUACAUACGUACAUCAGUGAGAAGCUUUGUCAGCUACUCCUGUCUGUAAUGGAGUCAGCAGAGACCAAAGAACUUCAAAUAAACUCUCUUGGACUUCUGAAGCAGUUACUGCAGUUCAGACAGUUUGUGACUCUGAUAAUGAGUGUGUUUGCCACCAAGGACCUCACGACUGAAGAUGAUUCAUCGUCACAGGGUACAAGUGGCAGUUCACUGCUGUUACUGUUGAAAAAGCUGCUGCUCAGCAGGGAUGAAAUGCUGCAAGUUGUAAGUGUGCAGUGUAUGACUUCUAUACUGGUGCACUCUCAAGUACAGUAUGCCCCUGCUCUCAUAUAUGCAGAUAUUCCAGAAUUUCUGUUUGAACGGCUCUCUAGUACAGAUGAGGUCCUGGUGUGGUCACUCUACAGUUGUCUUCUGCUGCUAACGGAGGAGAAACUUUUCUUUUCUAAGUGCCAGAGCGUUUACGGUAUUGAAUCCUUAGUUCGAAGCUUGAAAGAGACUUUGAGACUGACCAAUGUGGAGGUACAGAAGCAAGGGUUACUGCUAUUUGGAGAGAUUUUAAAACGGCAGCCCGCAGGGAUAAAGCUGUUUGUGAAUUUUACCAGUUGGCAGGGAGCCAUUGCCAUGUUACAAGAAGGAAUGGACAGCCCCAAUAUGGAAGUAACAACAGAGACGGCCAACGCUGUGGCUGCCUUUCUCAGGAAGGACCACCUCGCAGUGCCUGUUCAGUACCAGGAGCUCCAGCGACUGAUUGAAGCCAUGUUGACCCGCUGCACAGACACUUCUAUUCCUUGUCUGAUCAGAAGCAAGGGCAGUGGGAAUGACAGUAAAGGGAGCCAGGCUGGGAGGAGGGAACAGAACAGAAGUUUAUCCAGAAAAGGGCAGUUUCUACACAGUACUUUGGAGGCUUUUCACAGUGCUUGCAGGUUAGCAAUCGAGUGUCAGGUGGACCCCAGUGUGCAGGAGAAUGCUUUCACAGCACCCGGGACCACAAGUGAGAACACACUAGAGGAGUUCUCAAAGUUCCUGCUCGCCACUUGCGACACUUUGUGCAUCCCAGUCGUCAUGAAAUAUUAUGACAAGGCUCCCAGUGUAACAGUAAUGGAGGUUUUCUUCUCCAUACUCUGUGCCCAGUACACUCUCCAGCCCAGCAUGGUGAAGCCACUUUCUGUAAAACUAGCUUCCUCAUCUUUCAUAAGGUUUACCCUGGAACUGAAAGCCAAGUUCUGUACUGGAGCUAGAAAUCCAAAGUUGAAUGGGACGUGCUCUGAUUUCCUUUGCCGUAUGUGCAGCAUCUUGCUUUCGGUUACGGAAAAUGCAGUGAACUCUCAGCAUGGGUUCAAUCGGAUAUCUGCUCUCUUGGAGAAGUACGUUCCGCAACUGAAUUAUAUGUUCUCGGAAAGCAUAAUGGUGCUUUCAGAAAAUUCAGAUCUAUUUGGAAUAGAUGAAGAUCUUCGCAACAGUCAAUAUUGUAUUUUAGUAAUCCUCUAUCUGGCUCACGUGUACGAAAACAGGCUUGAUUCGGAAGCUCCCUUGUUUGGAGCUAUUGGCAGCUUUUUGCACACAGCACUGGAGCAAGGGGACUCGCCUCCACCACUUAUCCUGAAGGCAGGACUGUACCUGCUCUCUGUGUGUCAGGACAAGGGUGGAGCCUUGGAUCCGGCUCAGUUGAACUCCAUCUGUAAGCACCUAGAGGCUGUACCCAGUUUCUCCUCUGUGUAUCAUCCUCAGGUGCUGAAAUUCAUAUUUCGCUACCCACAACUGACAGACAAAUUUGGUCACAGCGUCCUGAAGUGCUGGUUCGUGCAUGCUGAUAUCAGCUGCUUUGAGGAUGAAAACCAAGUUGCUGAUCCCCACAGUGAUGUUAGUUGCGUUAUGAACAUUGUACUCAGCAAUCCCAAAUUACUCAUCGUUCUGCUGGAUAUAGUUCACACUGCAGACAUGGAAUUGGCUUUCAAGGCACUACUAACACUGAAAGAGUUUCUGAGGGACAGUAACAGCAUGCUGCCUACCUCUGACCUGCUCCGGCCUCGCCUGCUUCGCAUCUUACAGAGGUUCACAAUAGAAAACAACACGCAGUCAGCUAAAGAAAACCAGAACCUGCCAUUGGUACUAGACCUUCUUUCACUGAUACAGAUAAAAAACAGUGACCUUGAGGAGAUGGACACGAUAGAUUUCAAGCUCCUCUACCAUGUAAGUAACUUAGCUGGAAAGUGCAAAGCCUUGAAUCCAAGAUCCUGGAGCCUGCAUUUAAUUUCUUCUACUGCAUUUAAAGCUAUUGCUGGAUUCACGCUAGCAACAAGAAGUGUACAGUUUGUUGAACUUUACAUGUUACUCACUCCAAAGUUUGUGUCCACGCUGCUCUCCAACUGCUCUCUGAUGGAAUUACUGGAGAAGAUUUUAGACCUGAGCUGGUCAGAGCAGGUGAAUCCCGAACCCCCCUCAGAUACCCUCAUCUGUUCCGGCUGGUUAUUAACAGGGUCUUUAAUCCAAAACCACGCCAACUGUGGGUCUGAGGUUCACAGGACAGUCGGUGUGAACUUAGAUAAGCUCCUUCAUGGCAUCAGCUUCAGAAAGAAGACAAGCUCACUGCUGCAAGUGUGUUUUCUUCAGUUUUUGCAGAUAUUCCUGAGACACAACCUUGAAUCUCCUCUGCUCACUCUCACCGUCUCCAACACCAAGCGCUGCCCACUGCAGGAUCAAGAGGCUGAGCUCUACCCCUCUCCUACCACCAGGUCUUCUCAGUUUUCAUCCGUCUGCAGAAUUUACUGGCCCAGUGAGAUUGAAUAUACCCAGGGAGAUGAGCUGCUUCUCUAUUCCGCUAUUGGGUGUCUGGAAGCAUUGAUGCAAUACUUACACAAGAUGAGCAAGGUCACAGCUUCCCACUUGGUCUCUCAGCCCUGGAGUCGGUUCCUGAUAUUCACUAUGUUGAGCUCUUCUGAGAAUUGCAUCAAUGCCGGGUUUCUUAGACUCCUUACUUUGUUUCUGAAAUAUUGCAGCAAGAAUAUUAUUUCAGAGUCGGACGUGAGCCAUGUCCUACAGAUGGCAGGAAACCUGAAGGUGGAGGAAUUGAGCAGUGCCACAGCUGAGGCUUUGAUCCUCUUCCUGAACCAAUUGCAGAGCGGCAAAGCCUCCUGCCUGGAUCAGAAAGUCAAGGCCAUUACUGGCUCCUUACUGGAGAAGCUGCAAAGCAGGUCCUCGUUUCCACCAGACACCAGGAAAAUUGUAUUUUUUGGCGGGCUAGCCGUGUGCCUGUCAGACAUCUCAUCGGUUGCAACCAGGAGAUAGAAUGAAAGAACUUAAAUCGUUUUCUCUUGUUAAGAGACUAAAACUAAUCUUGUUUCUACAACAUGAGCUCCCACAGCUCCCCACAGAGCAUUAUUGCGCUUGCUUUAAGGAUGAAUAAACUGAUUCAUCUUGCAUAAAAAUGGUACAAAUCUCAUUUGAUUGAGGAAAGUGAAGAUUCUGCUACUGAUCAUAUUUGGUUUGGUUUAUCCUCUGAUGUGCCUGUGUCUGAUCGAUAUGAACAUGAGGCAUAAUGGAGAGGUAAUGAUUGAAGUGCUCAACCAAGGCCUUUGGCUUCCUAGACACCUUUUGAUGUCUGAUUAAGCAACUGGGAGCAGAAGCCUGGGAGCAGAUCGCGCACACAUUCCUGUCUAGUUGAAGAUGAGUGUGAGAGGAGUCUCAAACAAAGGAGAACUGCUGGGUGGAGCUCAUGUGGCAUAUAAACACAAUCACAAAUGAGUUGGUGGUGAUAGCCUGUCUUGGUGCUGUGCAGUUUGUAAACUCAGUGGGCUGAAAUUUCCCCUCCUUAGCUGUAGUUUUGUGCCUUCCAUUCCACCACUUUCAGCCACGACGCCUCGAAACUCUUCCUCUAUCCCUCCACCUUGCCACCUCCUUCCCCAUCUUCAAGUCAUGCCUGAAGAACUUCCUCUGCAACUGUGCCUACGGUCACCACCCCCCGGCUCGGUGUUGUGCUCCGCCACCAUCAAGCGCUCUGGGACACUGCCCUGCUUGAGGGGCGCUGUGUAAAAUACACGUUGUUACUGUCAUUUAAAUUCUGAAGCAACCAGUGCCUAAUAUUGCAAACCCUGUCAAAAAUGUAUUGAUGCUUGUGUGUUCUGUCUCUGAAAAUGAGAUAUACUUGUCUUUGUCUUCCAAUGUCGUUACAAAAAAAACAUAAAGUGCACUUCGGUGACUGGGGAGCAAUAAACAGACUGGAGCAAUUGUUCAGCAAUUACUUUC